UGUCCGGAGCUUCCAUUUCCAGUAUUUUUCAACCUCUUCUCUGUCUCUCCUCUUUCUGUGUCUAAACCAGGGGAGUCUUGCCUGCGUAACUUUGUCUCCAAACUAAUCUACAUGAGCAUCUUUAACUCAAAGUCUGCAUCCUGCCAGAAAUCUCUAAAUCAACCUUAAUGGCUCGUCUCGUAACUGUCCUAUUGAGUGUCCCUUUCACUCCAGCUGCUGAGAGAGAACCAAUGAGUAAAUCAAGCAUUUAAUUCUAAUUCAAGACUGUCCGAUUAUCCAAAAUUCCAGUUGAUGGCGGUAGUGAGUCAAUGUUAAGUUUGACCACGUUGAAGAGUAGAACCCUUGACCACGCCCUCCGGAAACUAGUAUAUUUUCCCCGGGAAAGCUUGCACAGUACAAGGAGAAGAGUGAAAGGAGUAACGAUGGAAUGCAUGAAGGACAAAAUAAGUGAGAAACUUUUGUUGGAGAAAUGUUCUCCUAAAACUAAGAAAUUAGAAGAAAUCAAGACACUCAAUCUUUCCAAACUGGGCCUGACACUCCAGGACUUGCCCCUCAAGCUGAUCUCACGUCUACGGUCGCUCGAGCGGUUGAAUUUGUCUAAAAACCGCCUUCGCGAGCUUCCAAGGAACCUUGAACUGCCUAAUCUUCGCUUUCUAGACCUGAGUGACAAUGAAAUGGAGGACGUGACCACCUUGGAAGGCCUCAGUGGACUGGAGGAGCUCAAGAUGGACGACAACCUGUAUAUCACUUUGAGUGAUAAUUACAAGAUGAUGGUUUCACUGCCAAACCUGCGGCUGUACAACGGCAAGGACAUCGCCACCACUGCCAAUCACGUUCGUUUCAUUUUCACAGAGAACCUGAGGACAAGGGUGAUUGCUCACUGGGAGAAAAACUUCAAUCUGCCUGACCCCAUCACAGAAGAAAAUAUAUCCACAUUAGAGGAAAAGUUUGUCAACUCCUGUCGUCAGGUGGUAAAUUAUGGACCGAAUUCAGUGAGCGACUUCACCAAAUGGAAGGUUGAAAUAUUGGCCAAGGAGUAUCUGCGUUCUUUGACACAUCCGGAGGAGGGCAAGGGGAAGAAACAGUUGACUGACAAUAAAGAUGUAGAUAAAAUCUCUUCUCCCCCCAAAAGAAAACAACCAGCAUCAGAACCAGUGACAGAACUGAGGCUGACACCCAGAAAAAAACUGCGUGCUGAACCCUCAUCACCUGCAGUUAAAGAAAGUCCACGCAAAUCUGCAAUGUGCCUCAUACCUUCAAAGAAGGUCCAGGAGAAUGGAGUUACUCUGAGCCCACAGAGAACCGGACGAUGUCCUGCGACUCCCACCAAAGCUUCUCUGGCAGAGACGACUAAGAAUCCUUUAAAAAAAACACAGAUGAAAAAUGUGACACGGUCAAAUGAGCCAGAAAAUACCACUGGUGGAUUCCUCCCAAAGACAGAGAAGUCGGUGAAUCUGAAGCCCCUCCAUGUCCUCCAGUGUCACAGCAAACAGGACAACCCAGAGGACCUGUCCACCCAGCUUUGGGCUUGUGCGUUCCAGCCACUGCCUGACUCCACCGUUUGUAAUGGAGGAACUCGAUUGGUUGCAACAUGUGGAGGAGAUUCAGUCUGUGUGAUCGACUGUGAAACUGGAAUGGUCAUGAAGAAGUACAAAGUUUCUGGGGAGGAGUUUUUUUCGCUCUGCUGGACGACAGUGCUGAUGUCCUCUGGUGGGGGGGCUGCAGCUAAGCACUGCAGCAUCCUGGCGGCAGGAGGGAAGAGGGGGAUUGUGAAACUGAUCCACCCCCGCAACAACAUAGCCUUUGGGGAGUUUCGUGCCAGCCGCAAGUCGCUGUCUGUCCUCCGCUUCAACCAUCAACAAGGAAACUUUUUAUACACGGGCUCUUAUGACAACAAGAUCAUAAUGUGGGACAUUGGUGGAGUGGACAGCAAUUACAACUACAAACUAGUUCAGCUGCUGAUGUUGGACAGCAGUGCUACACCUUUGCACUUGUGCCUCCCUCCUUCGUCCCCGAGCACCCACCUGCUGUCAGCCUCUGAGGACGGUCUGCACUGCUACAAGACACAACUGGGGACUAAAGACUCAACAAAGAGGACAAGUGAAAUGGAGAUCAUUUUCCCAAUUUACAAACAAGACAACAAAGACAGCGAUUUUCACACAAUCGACGGCCUAAGUUUUCUUACUGAUGACAUUGUCGCUUCCAAGAACUUCAUGCAUAGUUCCAUUUACCUGUGGAGCUGGAGUCGAACUAAAGCCCAGCGUCCUGACAAGAAUAAAACCGUGUCUGCUGUGGUCCUGGCUGAACUGCAGUGGACCACAACAGAGAUUCCAUACCUCGCUCUCAAUACGUGUCCUGGACGAGCUUAUGUGGCAUGCGGUGAUGACAAAGGAGGACUGUGGAUGUAUCAUGUCAAGAACCUUGAGAAGAACCUUCAGAAACCCAUCCUGCCCACUGAGUUGUUAAAGUGGCCGUGCCCCCUGAAAAAAGGUCAAGCCAAAGUUGCGGGUCCUUCAAUCAACAAUGUUGCCAUGGACCCGGACCUUCAGUACCUAGUGGCCCUCAGCGACAAGAACAUGGUGAUUGUGUGGAAGAGAGAAAAGUCCUCCUGAGCUACUUUAUAUCAUCUAUAGUCUUGUUUUAAUACCACAUAUUGGUAAAUUAUAUGUUGACACUUGGGGUUCCUUUUAACUGCAAUUCAUUGGAAUAUUGUCAGAAAUAACUGGGAAACUUCUUCAGACUGACAUCUUAGUUGAAGGUUUAAAGUAAAAAUUUGGCUUACAUGUUUUUGUAACACAAUAAUAGUACAGGAGCGAAUAAAAAAGAUGACGUAACAGCCUAAUUUCACCAAUAACACUAUAUGAAUUUGUAAGAUUCAAGACACCUUAUCAGUCAUGAUUCGGUCAGAAUAGGGUGAGGUUUUGUUCCUGAGGCCUUGUGAAGACAGAAAAAGGUAUUAAAAAUGGUUGAAAAACAUAAGCGAAAUAAUGAAACUGCUCAUUACAUCUUUGGCUGAGGUAACAUUUGUGGACGUACAAAAACAAGAUAGAAGAACUACAUAACCAACCUUCAGAACACGUGCCUCUCGUUUUCUUUAACCCACAUCAAGUGAGAAACACAUCCCUGCUAAUCUUUUUCAGUCAUCUCAGUGUAAACAGGUUGUUUUUCUUCCCACUUGACAUAAGUAAGACAAGCUAGUGACUUAGCUGUUGCUAAGUCUUUCUCUUCAAAAAACACUGUUUUGAUGGAUUGGAAUUUCAACAAUAUCCGUACAAAAGAUUGUAAAUAUUUUCUUUUAUUUACAAUGGCAACAUUUUUUAAAAGAAAAUGUAUAUUUUUAAUUGUGUGGAAUAAUUUGAAAAUGUUAAUUCUUCAUGUUGUCAUUUGACUUGUU